UUUGCGGGGCCCAGCUGCGUGCCUCGCCAAGAUCCGGGCCUGUCAAGGAGGUGGAGGAGGGGAGGCUGCGGGGAAGCAGGGCCCGCCGGAUGUCGCGGCGCCGCGCUGGGCUAGUGAUGAAGGUGUUGUCACCUCCUUUUACCCGCACCCAGCCUCCUGCCAGGGAGCUCCCGGCUUUGUCCACUCCUGGCGCUUGAGAUUUGAGUCCAGGCCCCCACACCUCGAAAGGCCAGACAUGGGAAAGUCUCUUUCUCAUUUGCCUUUGCAUACAAGUAAAGAAGAUUCUUAUGAUGGAAUCACAUCAACUGAAAACAUGAGAAAUGGACUGGUUAAUAAUGAAGUCCAUAAUGAAGAUGGAAGAAAUGGAGAUGUCUCUCAGUUUCCAUAUGUGGAAUUUACAGGAAGAGAUAGUGUCACUUGUCCCACUUGUCAAGGAACAGGAAGAAUUCCUAGGGGGCAAGAAAACCAGUUGGUGGCAUUGAUUCCAUAUAGUGAUCAGAGAUUAAGGCCAAGAAGAACAAAGCUGUAUGUGAUGGCAUCUGUGUUUGUCUGUCUGCUCCUUUCUGGAUUGGCUGUGUUUUUCCUUUUCCCUCGCUCUAUCGACGUGAAAUACAUUGGCGUAAAAUCAGCAUAUGUCAGUUAUGAUGUUCAAAAGCGAACAAUAUAUUUAAAUAUCACAAACACAUUAAAUAUAACGAAUAAUAACUAUUAUUCUGUUGAAGUUGAAAACAUCACUGCUCAAGUACAGUUUUCAAAAACAGUUAUCGGAAAGGCACGCUUAAACAACAUAACCAAUAUUGGUCCACUUGAUAUGAAACAAAUUGAUUAUACAGUACCUACUAUUAUAGCAGAAGAAAUGAGUUAUAUGUAUGAUUUCUGCACACUUAUAUCCAUCAAAGUGCAUAACAUAGUACUCAUGAUGCAAGUUACCGUGACAACAACAUACUUUGGCCACUCUGAACAGAUAUCCCAGGAGAGGUACCAAUAUGUCGACUGUGGAAGGAACACAACUUACCAGCUGGGGCAAUCUGAAUAUCUAAAUGUUCUUCAGCCACAACAGUAAAAACUGAAGGAAGUGAAACUAGAGAAGACAGUAUACUCAAAUAUUUUCCAAACUCUCAAGAAGGAGGUAUUUCCUAAUAGGAGAUCUUAAGUUGAACAAACCUAAAGUUUACACUUCUAUUUUAAGAGUUUGGUUAAAAGUAUGUGGACUUGAAAUUAUUGCAUCUCUCCAUUCUGUGUUAAUGAUAUAUUUGUAUCAGGAUCUGUUACUUGAAUAUGAAUUUACUGAUUCGGUUUCUUUUCCCCUGACACAAAGGGAAAAACUGAGACUUCUAUACUAUACUUAAUAAUUAUUUAAAAGUCAUAGCUCCAAUUCAUACCUUUACUGACAACAUGACAUUGGUGAUAAAUAUAAUUUGAGAAACUUAUGUUCUGAAUGUUUUUAUAGAAAAUUACUGAAAGCCUAUUAUUCAUGGAAAACUUUUAAAAAUACUCAUUUUUUCAUAUUUUAUAAAUUCCCAUUACUACAUGGUAGUAUUUCAACUACACAGUAUUUUGGCUUUUAGCUAAAUAUUUUUAGCUUUUAAUUUGUUGAAAUUCUACUCAUUUGCAUGAUUUUGUCUUAUUUCAAACUAGUGAUUGCCUAAUACUUACCAACCAAAAUAAUCUUUGCAAAAUUCUGCACCUAAAAUUAUUAAAAACUUCUGAAGUGUUUCAUGUGUCUUCCCUUAUUAGUUAUAGUUUUGUGAAAUUUUCCUGUGAUCUUUAAACAUAGUCCUUUAAUGUACAAUAUUGUAAAUAAACUAUGCAUGGCUUUUUAUCAGGUUUAAUAAACAUCAAAUGAAGUGGUACAGAUUCAAAAUUUAAGCAAGUUGAUCAUAAAAAUAAAUAAAAUAGGAAAUGAAAUUCAGAAACCUAUACAGUGUGAAUAGAUACCAAUUAUAUGUUAGAUCUGGCAUAAAACAGAUUUGAAAUAAACUAUUUUGAUGCUUCACUUUUUUUAUGUUGCUUUCCAUACUAAAAAAAAUGUUGCAGACACUUUUCACAACUAAUAGGUACCCAGUUGCCAAUUUUAUGAAUGUUGUAGACAUGGAAAUUAUUUCUUUGAUAGAAAUUAUUCAAGAAAUUCUGCCACUAAAUAGCCAUGGCUAUAUAAAAAUAAAACCUAUAUUAUGGUUUUAAAAAUCUAAUCAUUUUGCACAUCACAUGGAUAUGAUAYCUUCUAGCAAUUCCAUUUCUAAAGUUAGAUGCUUUUGGUUUUAGUUUUAUUUAAAAUUAUGUUCACAUAUAAAUUAUUGGUAUGUUCAUUUUGCUGUUUUAUAUUUCCAGUACCAUUUUCCAUUUGGUCUUUUUGCCUUUUAACUUUCCAGGUUCUAAGGAACUUUUAAAUACAUACCACUAAGCAUAGAGCUGAGUAUGAUGCCAAAAAAUGUAAAUGGGUAGAGGUCGAUUUUUUUCUGUUCCCUAGUGACAGAAAUCAGGUUUCCCUUCCCCCAUCCCCAAGUGCCUAGCAGGUUUGAAACAGCCUGUUCUUUCAAGUAUUAAAUAUAAACUUUAAUUGUUUAAUUCUGACCUUUAAACACACUCAGGUCUCCCCUUAGCUAUCAGAUCAUUUACUCCAAGUUUUCUUGAGUAGACAUUUUAAGUGGGUAGAAUAUUUCUUUUCUUUUCUCUUUUCUUUCAUUCAUUCUUUCUUUCUUUUCCUUCUUUCUUUCUACCACUUAUUCUUUUUUUAUUCCAUUGUUAACUGGGCCAUUCUUACUUUAAUCCCAGAUCGCCCAUUUAAAUUUAUUCAGACUUUCUAGUCAAACCCAGUCUUUACUUUCAUUUUUCUUCUGCUGUGUUUUCUCCCAUUUUCCUAGAACCCACAUACUUCUCUGAUAUUGAUUCUGUUUGUAUGUUUUUAAAUUAUUCUCCUUUUACUUUUCCACAUUCUCUCAUUUUGACAUAAUUUAUUUCUAUGAAUGACCUAGGCCCCCUUUUGCAUCAAACAUUCUAAUCCUUUGACUUCAAAAAUUGCCAGUAUCUAUAGGAGGGAUUCUAAAUCUGUUUCUCCAUUCCUGACCAGCUUCACAUUUAGCUACUAAACUAGAGAUAUAGUAUUCCUUGGCCCUCCAUGUGGAAAAAAAAUUUUUUUUGCAGAACUUUUAUUACUUCUGUUUGUUCCACCCUGCUUUUGUGUUCCCUUUACAUCAGUGUCACCAUUCAUUUCUUCAGAGUCGUUCUUUAGAUAUGCCUCAUAUGAUAAUCAGUUCUGAUUUUUCUGCUCUACAUGUUUUAACUUUGGAAGAUUACAGAGUGUAAAUUAAACAGAUUUUUCAGAUGGUUUAUGACUUAUCCUUCUUAGAGUACAAGCAUAGUAUCCCCUGAAGAAGCAAGAAAAUGGAAGAACAUUUUGUACGAUUUAAUUUUUAAUGUCUUUUCUUUGCUAUUUAAAAUGAAAASUCUUUGUUGUACCUAGUUUCAAUGGAGAUUGAACCAGGAAAAAAAAAAAAACCCUAGAAUUUUAAAAAAGCAAAAAGACCAGUAGAAGACAAAAAUAAAAUCACUAUGACUAUGUUCAGAGAGAAUUGAGUAACUAUAAGAAUAAGCCUAGAACAAAACAGACUGUAAAUUAAUAAAAUUACAGGAGAGGUAAAAAUAUAGCCAUAAAAAACAUCAAUCUGGAAAUAAUGAAUGAAACUUUUAGUUUUUCUUAGGUCAGUGUCCAGUGUGGUUUCUUACACACUAGAAUAGGAUAGGUAUUAAUAUAUUUUUAUAAUUGCUCUCAAACCUUACCCASGGACAUGAUAAUGAUAUUACAACAUUUUUCUAAUGUUUUCAGGAAUAACUUAAGUUACAAUUUAAUAGUUAGGUCAUUCUCACAAACUCCAACACUGUAAUAAAGCCUUUAUGUGUCAAUAUUAUGUAUAUUACACAUUUGCUACUUUUAGCCCUCUUUCGCCGUUUUUCUUAGAUCAUAUUCCAAAGGAAGAUGAUAGGAUCCUCACCUAGAAGCAAGAGCAGCAUGGACAUAUUGAGGGACUUACUAUGAGAUCACAUAUUUAGUACAUAAUUUAAUUGGGGCUAUACCUGGUUAUUCUGUGUCUCACCUCUAUGCCCUAUCAUUUAAAAUGUUCAUUGGAAAGCUCUACUUACUCAGGUUAGUGGGAUGAAAAAUUAAGAGAAAAGUUCACUUGGUUAAUAGUGACAAUCAAAAUAGUACUGAUGAAAUAAGAUUAUGGUGACUUUAAGUUGUUCCCUGAAAUAUUUUAAAUGAGGAUAUUUAGAGAAUAUUCUACAGCUUAAUUUUUUCAUUAAGAUUUAAUGCUCCUUGAUCAUUCCAAUAAAGAUAAAACUGACAUGGUAUCAGUAAAUUAUGUAUAAAUAAUGGUGAUUAUUGCAUUUGACAUUUGAAAUAAGAACAGUAUGAAAAUAUUAGAUACCAGAUAAAAUUUUUAAAAUUGUUAAAUGACCAUCUUUACUGUAGUAUAUAACAUUUAAAUGACUGUAGUUUUAUUUAUGUGUAGGUUUUUGUUUGCUUAAGCUAAUGAGGUCAUUACUUUCUCUAAAAAAUUUCACAAAAACAAAAUAUAACUCACCUCAGAUCCUCUGGUGUAUAGUUUGGAAAUGACAGUGCAAUAUAAAAAUAGGUAGGAAGUAACUGUCAAACAUAAUAUAAGUAACAUAUUAGGAGACUURAAACUUUGGCCUAAUGAAUCUUUUGUGGUUCUUAGCCUUAUUAUUGCAAUAUAAUUAUGGAUAUUUCAUUGAAGGCCAUGUAUCUAACUCUCCCCCACCAUUUUCUUUAUUUUUCAAAGUAGUUAGAAAAAACAGUUCUUUAUAUAAUAAUUUUUCUUAUUUAAGAAAAUCGCUUCAGUUAGGUACUUUAUAAAUGAUGUAAGUUUCUUAAUUUUCCAGUAUAUACCAAUCUUCUUUAAUAAGCAAUAUGCAUUGAACAUCAAGUUACUAGAUUAUAACCAAAASGUCACUUACCAUAAUGUCACCAGGUAAUGCUUUCUAGCUCACAGUAACUAGAAGCAGCAACUACUUGGCUCAAAUGCAUCUAAAAGUAAUUAGUUUUAUUUCUCUCUCUUUUUUGUAAAAUCAGAUUUUAAAUGAGAUGUUUAUUGUAAACCAUUUUAUUUUUAAGAAAAAAAUAUGUGCUCAAAAUGGUGGGAUAAAAAGACUGUUAAAUAUUUCUUUAAAAUUUUUAUUGUCACAUUAAAACAACAYAUGUUUGUGAUGUGCCUGGAUCAAAAUUUAACUCCUGUAUUCCAGAUGUACUUAUAUCAAAGUAAAAACUUUCAGUUGUCAUCUGAAACCUCUGAUUAGAAUGAACAUUUGUGUAUUUUUGUGCUUGUUAAGAAAACAAAUUUCACAGUGGCUUUUUGAAAUUUAUCCUUAAUUUGGAUAAAAUCAACUGAAAUAAAGUCACUAUAGGGAUAAAAAAUGGUAGUUUCYAUUUUUUGAACUGCUCGUACAAUUAUGUCUAUAGUUCUUUUUACA